CUCCAUACAUAAAACACAUAGCGCACGGCCUUGGCAAUGUUAUUCUCGCGCCGAACGCGCAUGUGAUCGUAGCCGUUCGUUCUUUACUGUAGUAACUGAGUAAAUUGUGCAAACUUUACGUAACGAUAUUAAUGAAUAUAAUACUCAGUUAGCGUACAAGUAUUAAUAGAAUUUAUAUCGUUUGAUGAAGUGACGUUAAUAGUAAUACAGUGUGUCUGUAUUCCGUCAUUGAUAAAACAUAACCUCUAUGAAACCUAGCUUCUAUUUUGCACAAAUAGAAGUGUAGUAAUACUAAUAAUACGACAGAGUUCCAUGGAUGUUAAAUCUUUUUAACAAAAAUGGCCACAAGCAUUUUCUUCCGUGUAAAUUUGAACUGUAGUGUCCCAAAAUUAAAGUCGUCUUUACCAGUUGUGUAUAAAAAACUUCAUUCUCAGAUACCAAUUAAAGAAAUCCAGAUCCCAACAAGUUGCGGUCACAUCGCGGGAAAGUUAUGGGGCAGUGGUGACCAGCGCCCCAUACUGGCUCUACACGGCUGGCAAGACAAUGCUGGCACUUGGGAUCCUCUGAUACCGAUGAUAAUUAAAGACAGACCUAUAUUAGCUUUAGACUUCCCUGGACAUGGAUUGUCCUCAAGGAUUCCUGCCGGGGCGCAGUACUUUCAAUGGGAACUACCAAGAAUCAUAAAAUAUAUCCAAAACCAUUUUAAAUGGGAUCAAGUGUCUUUAUUAAGUCACUCAAUGGGAUCCAUAGCAUCGAUGAGGUUUGCUUGCAUAUUCCCCGACGACGUCGACUUCUUUAUAGCAGUGGACAGUUUGAUAUACGACGAUUACGAUUUAAAUUUAGUUUUAAAUAAGUUUGCAACUAACAUAGUGAAAGGACUAACUGCGCUGCAACGUCUCGAGAAAGAGCCGCCAGCGUACACUAUUGAAGAAGUUACUAAAAAGUGGCAUUAUGGAACGCGGAAGUCUGUCGAUCUCGAGAGUGUAAAGUACUUAUUGACAAGAGGUGUAAAACAGUCGAAGGCGGACCCCACUAAAUAUUAUUACAGCCGCGACUCACGGCUGAAGUACAUACUAUUCACUCCUGAAGAUAGAAAGUUUGUUGAAGCUCUAGUCAGGAGGUUGAAGGCUCCUACUUUAUACGUGAAGGCGAUAAACUCGCCAUUUUCCGCAGACCCGUUCUCAGUUGAAAUGAGAGAAUUAAUUGAACAAUUGAAUGACAAAUACGAAUUUCACUUUGUACCUGGGACUCAUCAUGUGCAUUUGAACAACCCUGAAGUGUUAGCACCUCUAAUUAAAAAUUUUGUAGAGAAAAAUAAUUUAAGUUUGUGAUCAUCUAGACAACUUUCAGGUCUAAAAGUCUGAAAAAAUAUUUAAACAUAAAGAAAUCAGAAUACUUAAUUGAUUUAUUUAUUGAAGGUGUUUACCAGACAGGGUUAACACUAAACUGAAUUACUACUACAUGUUAGUACUAUUCAGCAAAGACUAAAGUACAGUAGUUGCUUAGUAUUGGAUAUACUAAAAUGUACAAACCUUUUAAAUGUAAUAAUCUUGAA